CUGGACAAGUAAGUUUGUGAUGCCAACCGCCUAAAACCCAGAGGAGUCCGAGAUAUACCACCGGGCGUUGCGUACGCUAUGGUCGGCGCCGAGAACUGAGGAUGGCGCCGAUGAACAUCGCUUGUGGGACAGCGACAGGACUUCACACCAACAUGGCGUCUUCAUCAGGACUGACGGAACAACCAAGGAGGAGAAAAAGACUCAACCACCUGACACCUGAGCAGAAGGCGAUGAGAAGAAAAAUGAAGAACCGAGCGGCAGCGCAAACAGCAAGGGACAGAAAGAAGGCCAAAAUGGACGAACUGGAAUUUCUUGCAGCCAAACUAGAAGAACAGAACAAGGCUCUACAAGAACAGAAUUCAAGCCUAGAACAGGAGUCCAACAGCCUGACGGUGGAGAACGCCGAGCUCAAGAAACUGCUCGGUCAGUCCGGGGUCCGGUACACACAGCAGACGAGGGAGACGUUGCCGACAGCAGCCGAAGGCCGUACCACUAGGAUGGAGGGAUCCAGAUUCUCUGAACCGACAGCGUUCAGACUACGUGCAACUUCAGAUCUUCAGCAGUCCGAGGUCCGGUGUAAGCAGCGACAGGCGAGGGAGAUGUCGCCGACAGCCGAAUGCCGUACCGUCUGGAGGGAGCGAAACUGGUCCUCUGAACCCGCACUGUACAACGCAAGCCUAACGAUGGAGAUCGCCGAGCUUAAGAAGCGACUCGGUCUGUCCGAGCAGGCGGGGGAGAUGUCGCCGGCAGCUGAAGGCCAUAGCACCCGGAGGGAGGGACCCAGGUCCUCUGAGCCCGCAGCGUUCAGCCUACAUGCACCUCUAGAUCUUCAGCAGUCCGAGGUCCAGUGUGAAAAGCUGCAGCAGGCGAGGGAGAUGUCACAGGCAGCCGAAGGCCGUCCCAUCCGGAGGGAGAGAUCCAGGUCCUGUGAAGCCACAGUGUUCAGACAUCGUGCGCCUCUGCAGCAGGGGAAGAUGAGCCAACAGGAGACGGGAAAGAUGUCGCCGACAGCCGAAGGCCGCACCACCAGGAGGGAGAUACCCAGAUCCUCUGAACCCGCAGCGUUCAGACUACGUGCACCUCUGCAGCAGGGGCAGGUCUGGUGCCAACAGGAGACGAGGCCCGGUACAAACAGCAGCCGAAGGGAGAUGUCGCCGGCAGUUGAAGGCCAUGCCACUAGGAUGGAGAGAUCCAGGUCCUCUGAACCCGCAGCGUUCAGACUACGUGCACCUCUGCAGCAGGGGCAGGUCUGGUUCACCUCCAGCCUCGUGGCAUGGAUCCUGACGCUCAGUGCGACGUCCUUCUCCGGCUUCUAGGGCACCUGGACGCCGACGUCUUCUUCACCAAGCUCCGGGAGCAGACCGAGGGUAUCACGGCCUCCGACCCGGUCUUCAACCCAAAAGUCCCCGCGUUUAGUGCGUCUAGCGCCUGGUGGCCAUAGUCAAUAUACUUUUUACGUUUUGUGACCGCAUCUGAAAUGUGAGCAGCGACACCUGUCCUGCAGUACAAUGUGAACCAGUCAGAAAUGCCUUGAAGAAGGUGACAGACGGUCGCCAAAACGUCGGUGAGAAUAAAGUAUUGGUUGUAUAAAAAGAGUCUGACUGGCCAAUUUGUCAUUUCUUUGGCACAAUUUUAUGAUUUGUACCCUCUUAGGGAGGCCUGGUGGAGGCCUUUAUUGUACAUUUUUGCCCCAUUGCGCUAAAUACAGGUCACAUGUUAAAAUGGUAACAAUCAUAUACAUUGUACAUAUAACCGUCUAAUCUACAUUCGACUUCCUCUCGCUUCUUGGUAAUUGUAUAAAAUAAUGUAGCUAGCUGUAUGGUUGGUUAAGGUUGAUUUAUGGAAAGCUGCAAGGAAUAUAAAUUUCUCUUUACUAUUCAAGUAUCUGAAGUGAUGCAACAUACUUAACACAAAGUCGAAUAGAAUUCUUCUAUCGCUAUCAUACAAAGGACAAUCUACCGUGAAAUGUACUUGAUCUUCUACGACUACGUUACCAAAACUAUAAAAUCAAUCAUUCUGUCGAAAUACAAACCCGAUAUCAGAAGUAAAUAUAUAUUUGACCUUAUAUUAUAUCUGACAGCUAUCUUCUUCGCCGCAUCAUAAUGCUCAGAUAAGUAAAUACAUAAAAGAAUGGUUUGUUAUUAGAAAUUAAACAUGAUAACACUCACGUUAGUCCCACAUGGUUGUAUCAAGAAUAGAGAUUCAAGUUUGUUAUCCUACAUUAUUUAGUCAUUGGAAUUUCAAGCUUGACUUUGUAUCUCUAUCUUUUAGUUGAUAGUCGACCACUCACUGUGCCUUUUGUUGUAUUUGAUAAAGCUUCGAGAUGUCA